CGCGCUCACCAUUCUCCUCCAAAGCUGCUUGCUAGCUUGGUGCAAAUCGAUUCUUGGUGGUGCCUUUAUUAUUUGAAAGAAGAGGACAAGUAAUAAGACAACCAUGGCAGGCGACGAAGACACUAGUAAUAGCAAAAAGCGCAGCCGCGAGAGCGACGAUGAGCAAGAAAUCGACGAAGCCUUCUUCAAGAGCAUCGGGAUGCAGUCGAAGAACCAAAUUGAGGCGGCGAUUCGCGGUUGCCACGACCAAUUCGUUUGUAGCGUGGGGGAUCUCCGUCUCGUUGGAGAGAUUGAUGGUGGUAUCAAGGAUUUGUUUCCACAGCUGGGAUUGAGAGCAAGAGUCCAAAGUUGGUAUGACGAGGGAAAGAAAAAGGAGCAAAAAGAAGACGAUCGGCAAAACACACCAGCCACGACAACAACUGGUGCACCGGCACCUGGUGGAGCUCCUGCUGGAGCAAUUACAAACAUGGUCAAUCCUGGUGCACAAAUUCCCCCGUAUUCUGCCAUGAUGAUGGGAUUAAUGCAACAACCCCAAUUCAUGAACAACACCAACCCUGUCAUUCCGAAAACCAGAGAAUGUCGCAAGGUCAAGUAUGUGUUGAUGGAUCUCUAUCUGAAUUCAUUGUUUCUGCCGCUUCGUAUUGGACACGCGUCAGAACUCCGAUAUCUCGCCAAGACGGUCAAUGAUCGACAAUUCCGCGGAAACAAAAACUUUCUCUCCAAAGUGCGCCAAGCUUUGGACUUGGUCGAUUGUUUCUGGACGGUGCAUGUUCGACAAAGGGCCAUCUUUGGAGGUUUCGCCAGCAGCGCCCAGGCUCUGGAAGCAUUCUCUCUCAUUGAUACCUUGGUGGUCAAAUUUCUACAUUACAAGAGCGAUCCUUACGAGCUUGCCCCUACUGCACAACGAUCGAGCGCCCUGAUUGGAGUGGCAGAGGAACUUCAACGCAAACAAUUGCACGGGGUGGUACGAGAAAACAGACCGGAUUGGACGUCGCCUGCCACGGGUGGGGCCACUCUGGUUCGAUGGAUACAGGAUUUUGAAAAGCAAUUCAAACCUAGACCCAAAGAAGCGAGAAAGCCCCGAAGUAGAAGGGUCAAGUUGUUAUCCAAACAGCAACACGAAACCUCCACCAAAGAGAAAGAUGAUGAUGACACGACAAACAAAGAGAAGGAGGCAGACUCCAGCUCCAAAGGCAAGGACGCUCCGGAUGCCACAUCCACAACCAUUUAAUUGAUUUUGUGCAGAGACAACAUCUGAAUGCCAGAGGAAGGAAUAAGAGUCUUCAGGAACUUGGGGACAAUCAAACCAGAACAACAAUUAUUAGGACAAGACGGAAAUUGAGAACAAACUUUCUCAACAAAGGAUCAAAUGUUGUUCCUGGACAAACGUAGUAUUCGUAGUAGCAGGAAAAAUUUGAAAAUGCAUUCCAUGAUUUCUGAGUGGGCGAUGCGAUCAAGCUGUGCGCUGUAGUCGGCGU